AUGUCGCGACCAGCAGACCCAUUCUCGGAUCGCAAUGCGCUCGACGCCAACCCGUUCGCGGAUCCAGCCGUGCAAGGCGCUCUCAACGACUCGUCACGCAUGUACUCUGGCGGCGACGACGACGUCGGAUCCACGUACAAGUCGAGCACCGUCGACGACAUCCCCUCCCGCUCCGACGCCAACCGCGCCGAAGAGCUUCGUCGUCGAGAAGAGGAGCUCGCGCGUCGAGAACGCGACCUCGACAACCGAGCAGCUCACAUCCAAAAGCACGGUCGAAACAACUGGCCCUUCUUCUACCCUCUCAUCUACCACGACAUCCAAGCCGAGAUCCCGCCGGACAGCCAGCAGAUCAUGGAGAACCUCUACAAGCUCUGGCUGUUGCUCGUGUUGACGCUCGUGAUCAACAUGGUAGCGUGCAUCUUUCUGUUGAUCCAGGGAGCGAGCGACGGUGGCAAGGACAUGAUCUCGGGUAUCGUGUAUCUGCCCGUCAUCACGGUCGCCAGCUUCUUGCUCUGGUACAGACCAAUCUACAACGGAUUGAUGAAGGAGCAUUCGUUGUUCUUCUACGUCUACUUUAUCUUCUGCGGCUUCCAUCUGGCGUUCUCGGUGUACGUGUUUUUGGGGAUCCCGUCGACGGGUUCAGCAGGGUUGAUCAACACGAUCCAGGCGUUUGCGGGGCACAGGAUCGUGGCGGGCAUUUUGGGUGCAAUCGCGACGGCAGGGUUCGGACUGCAAGGGUUGGGCAACCUGUGGUACUACAGGUUGAUCUGGCAGCACAACAACGAGAAGGGACAUACAUUUGCCCAGGCCAAGAACGAGUUGGCGACGCACGGUAUGAAGGCGUACUUUACGCGCGGAUCGCAGGUGUAG